AUGUUUGGAAGUUCCAACCCUGGUCAGGGCCAGAAUUCCGUUUUCGGUCUGAGCAAUCUGUCGGGCACCCAACCUCAAGGUUCUCCGUUUGGCGCAAGCUCAUCUACUUCUGCUUUUGGAAACAGUUCCACUUCUGGUGGUCAACAGUCUUCAACCGCCUUUGGCCAGCCUGCUUCGUCUGGAUUCGGCCAAUCCAAUUCUGCUUUUGGUUCUAAACCUGCAGCUUUCGGCUCUCAGCCAGCUUCUACUGGCUUUGGCUCCACCACAUCGACUGCUCCUUCCCUUUUUGGAAGCAAGCCUGCUGCAGCCACCACGCCUUCUGCUCUGGCGGCUCCAGCCGCGUCAUCUGGCUUUGGCACUUUUGGAUCCUCUACUCAGUCUGGUUCCGGUUUGUUUGGCUCGAAACCUGCCGCUUCAACUGAAGCAAAGCCGGCCUUCUCUUUUGGAGCAGCGUCUUCAAAUAAUGCUGCUAGCCUGACAUCAGGAGGAUUAUUCGGCGCCAAACCAGCUGAAAAUAACUCCAAUGAUGCGAAACCCGCCGAUGCAAAACCUGCUUUCUCGUUUGGAAACUCUACUGCUGCCCCUGCUGCCUCUUCGACCACGUCAGCUUUUGGUUCCGCAGCGAAGCCCGCUUCUACUUUCAGCUUUGGUGCUAGCGCCGCUUCUGGUUCGGCAGAGAAGGAUAGUAAACCCGCUACUCCUGCUUUUAGCUUUGGUGCCAAGCCUGCUGAUACAGACAGCAAGCCUGCUUCCUCUUUCAGUUUUGGUGCUAAACCUGCUGAAACUGACAAGCCUGCUUCUUCAUUCAGCUUUGGCGCCAAACCCACAGAAAGUGAAAAGCCUGCCUCAAGCUUCAGUUUUGGGGCGAAACCCGCUGAAAGUGAUAAACCUGCCUCUGCUUUUAGUUUUGGGGCGAAGUCCGAUGAAAAGACUGAUAAUAAAACAGCUGCUCCGGCUUUUAGUUUCGGAGCCAAGCCUGCGGAAAAGCCCCAAGAUAAGACUACAGCUCCUGCGUUCAGCUUUGGAGCUCAAUCAGGAGAGAAAAAGGAUGACAAGCAAACAACUCCAGCUUUUAGCUUUGGCGCGAAAGAUGCACAAAAGAAGGAUGACAAACCUGCAACUCCUGCUUUCAGCCUUAGUGGUAAUGCUGCUGAAAAGAAAGAUGACAAGCCAGCCACGCCAGCCUUUAGUUUUGGAGCCAAACCUGCCGAGAAAAAAGAUGAACAACCAGCUGCUGCAGCCACCGCUCCAUCGUUCAGUUUCGGGGCAAAACCUACUGAAAAGAAGGAUGAAAAAGCUGCUGCAUCCGCGUUUAGCUUUGGUGCCAAGCCAAGUGAAACUGAUAGCAAACAAGCCACUCUUUCUCUUUUUGGUGGCGCUAAAAAAGAUGAAGCGAAAACAUCUGGCUUCAGUUUCGGCGCCAAGCCAGCAGAAAAAAGCGAUAAACCAGCUUCAGGUUUCAGUUUUGGUGCCAAGCCAGAGGAGAAAAAAGACGACAAGCCUGCUACAUCGUUUAGUUUCGGUACUAAGCCCGCUGAUAAAAAAGAUGACAAGCCUGCAACUGGUUUGAGCUUUGGUUCGAAACCGGAAGAGAAGAAAGAGAAUAAACCUUCUACAGGGUUCAGUUUUGGUGCAAAAGCUGAUGAAAAGAAGGAUGAUAAGCCAGCUGGUGGCUUCAGUUUCGGGGCAAAGAGCGAUGACAAGAAGGAGGAGAAGACUACACAACUUGGCAGUCAGCCAUCCAAAGAGACCGACUCUAAAUCAAAAGACACAAAUGUUCCAAAUUUGAAGCCCACAAAAAUCGAACCGGCAGCAAUUUCAUUGGACAAUAGAACAAUGGAUGAAUUGAUCAUGAAAUGGUCGAAGCAGUUGACGAAAACCACCAGCAUUUUUGAAACAUACACAGAUAAAGUUAAGGACUGGGAUCAGCAGCUCACAACUAGUGCGGAAGAGAUUUCUAAAUUGAAUAGGGAUGCAUUAGAAGUGGAAUCAUUACAGCAGAGGAUCGAUCAACAGUUGAUGUUUGUUGAAAGUCAGCAGGAUGAACUUGACAAGAUUUUGGACAAUUACGAGCAACAAGCAGACGCUUUGUUGAACAAUAUCGAUUUGAACUCUUCUGACUUUUCCGGCUUUGCUCUAGUAGGUUCUAAUGGCAAUGGUGCUAGUGCCGCCUCUGGUCUGAAUGCUACAGACAACUUACGUGACAAGGCAUACCGCAACGCGGAAUUGUUGGACGAGAGAUUAGACUCCUUGGGACUGAACUUAUCCACAUUAGUUAAUGAAAUCAACUCUGUGAGUGACACUUUCAACCGGUCGUUGGUGAGCAACAUUGUGGAAGAGAAGGGUGGUGACAAAGAAGGUGCAAAUACCGUGGAAGAAAUCGUCAAGUUGUUGAACCUUCACUUGUCAAACUUGAAGUACAUUGAGACGACUAAAGAAGAGUUGGAGCAAAAAUUGACCCAACUUAAGGGCCCCAAGAGGCUUCAUUAG